AUGGAGCCCACUUCGUCCCAUUCAUCUGAUCGCACAAACGGCGAUGCUCACGAGCUCGACCACCUUGCCCCCACCUACCCAACACCCUCAGUACAGCCUGAGCAGGCAACGGGCAGGACACGCGUGCGCUUCAACAGCUCGGCCAAUGUUGAAGUCCCCAUUUCUCCCCAGCUCUCUCCCAGCAAUGAGCCCGUUCAAGGGUCCGAUUUGGCAGAAAACACUGUCGACCAGCACACGGCCGAUGCCGAAGAGCUGCUCAAUGCCCACAAUGCCCGCCUUGCACAUGCUGAAACCGCACGUGCUGAGAGUUCAGAAGGUCAUGCUUUUAAUGACACCGACUCGGACGGUGGCUAUGCCGUCACAGGCAACAACAAUGGAGGCAUCUUCUAUCAGAUCCUCCAGACAUACAAGAACCCCGUACCUGCCUUCCCCGACGCCGCCUCCGAGCACAGCAACACCACCCCUCCCCAUCCCGUCUCUUCUUCUGGCGCCAACACGCCAAAACGGAAAUGGUACAAUGCCAACAAGCCCAUCCAGUCAACCGACACACUGGCCACUCUGAUUGGUGCUUCGGCCAAGUUGGCCAACCCCAAAGAUGAAAAGAAAGACCCUCCUAUGCGACCACGCCAGCACAAGCGCACGGCUAGUGGUGGCAUUGUUGCAAAAGUCUGGAAGGCCAAAGAAGACCAGGACGCCAAGAUCAAAAUUCAUGUGGCCAACAUCCUCAAGCGACAGCAAUACAUCAUUCGCAUGUGUCGUGCUCUCAUGCUUUUUGGCGCACCCACUCAUCGCCUCGAGGAGUAUCUUGCCAUGACAGCAAAGGUUCUUGAGAUUAACAGCCAGUUUCUCUACAUCCCUGGUUGUAUGAUCAUUUCUUUUGACGACAACCUUACCCAUACCGCCGAAGUCAAGAUUGUCCGCACUGCCCAGGGCGUCAACCUGGGUAAGCUCAAGGACACCCAUGAGAUUUACAAAGAGGUCCUGCAUGAUGUCAUCAGUCUCGACGAAGCUCUUGCCCGCCUCGAUACCGUCAUCAACGCGAAAGACCGCCACCCCGUCUGGUUGACCGUCAUCAUGUAUGGCUUGGCCAGCGCGGCCGUUUCCGUCUUCUUCUCAGCACGCUUCAUUGACAUGCCUAUUAUCCUCGCCCUUGGUAUGGUUUUGGGCGUGCUCCAAUUGGUCAUCGCUCCACUCUCCAAGACGUACAGCACUGUUUUCGAAAUCUCGGCUACCAUUCUCAUGAGCUUCCUUGCUCGUGCUUUUGGCAGCAUUGACAAUGGAAACCUCUUCUGUUUCUCAGCUAUUGCACAGAGCGCCAUCGCCUUGAUCCUUCCCGGCUGGUUGGUCCUGAGCUCUGCCCUCGAACUCCAGUCCCGUGCCAUUGUGCCCGGCUCCAUCCGACUCGUCUUUGCCAUCAUCUACUCUCUCUUUCUGGGAUAUGGCAUAACCGUCGGCACAGCCAUCUACGGUGCUAUCGAUAGCAAUGCCACCAACGCGACCCAAUGCCAGGAACCCCUACACCCAUACUGGAGCUUCCUCUUCGUUCCUCUGUAUGUCUUCUUCACGACCUUCACCGUACAAGCAAAGUACAAGCAAAUGCCCGCCAUGAUCAUCAUUGCAUUUGCUGGUUACUUGGUCAAUUUCUACGCCAGCAAGAAAUUCUCGUCCUCUGCUCCAAUCGCAUACACAUUCGGUGCCUUCACCGUCGGUGUUCUGGCCAACCUCUACAGUCGACUGCGCCACGGAGUUGCUGCUGCUGUCCUCCUACCCGCCGUCUAUGUACAGGUGCCUGGAUCUCUUGCAUCAAGCGGGAGUAUCAACUCUGCUCUGAAAACUGCAUCCGCCUUGAUCAAAGGCGCAGCGGGAGCGGCUGAUUCGAGUCCCGAUAGUUUGAACGCUAUCGUCUUCAAUGUCGCAGCUUCCAUGAUCCAGAUUGCCAUUGGCAUUACUGUCGGCUUGUUCAUGGCGGCCCUCCUCGUCUACCCAAUGGGCAAACGACGGAGUGGUCUCUGGACUCUAUAG